UUCCUUCGUGCCAGACACGUUGGCUUUGAUGUUCGGCAAGCUCUCCUCGUCGUCGCAAUCAUCAUCAUCAUCAUCAUCGAAUCGUUUAGUUGAUUUGCUCGGAUGGCCGGAUUUGUUGGGGCUGGUCAGGCUGGCGGCGGCGCCGAGGACUUCGUCCUUGUACUUCGCAUCGACCGCGGCUCGCGCUGCUUCUUCCAUUUCCUUUUGCCGCGUAGGCGACGCAGCCUUGUACGCAUCGGUUGCUCGAACUGCGGUAUGUGCUCUGCUGCGUGCAGAAUUGAUUUUGCGCCGUAGUUUGUCUGCCGCCGCUUUGGCGGGAUCAUUCUUCUUGAGCUUUUCGCGACGUUUCAUCUCACGGACGGUGUUCCGCUUGUCUGAGUAUUCGGAUUCAGUCUUACGCUUUCCUCGCAGCGCACGGUAUGCCGGGCGGGUCGACAUGGUGCAAAGUCGUGAUGAGGGUAUGUGUAUGAAAAAGUCUGAGGUCGACGGGCAAACCUGCGGUGGAAUCGAUGUAAAAUGAGCUGGCUAAGUCAUGUGCAAUGGCGAGUGACUGUUGCAGCCUCGCAGGUGAAAUCAGCGGCUAUAUCGACGGCACGUCCACAGACGCACCACCAGCUACACGAGCCCCAAAAAGCAUUCCCGGACGAGCAACUCAUAGCCUUCGUAGACCUUGCUGCCAUCGUGACUUUAAUGUGGCUUGGAUGAACGGUUGUCCAACGACCAAUAUGGAGGAUCUCGCCAGUGGGCAAUGGCCAGGAGCAUACAUCAAUGCCACCAUCGAGCUGAACAGGUGGAGAAGACGCGGUGAAUCUACACGUCCGCAAACACCUCGCUGGCGGAAAUAGAGAAG